GAAGACGACGACGACACCAAACCAGAGCGGAGUAGUAGAGCAGACGGUCGGUGUUUCCAUCCAGGCUUACCGUUCGUCAGAGAUUGUCAAGAGCACGCGACUUGCCGGAGGCCGUAAGCCGUAGCGUCGGAGGCCACCAGCAGCAUCGGCAGUCAGCUUGUUGUUCCUGCGAGGAAGCUGGGACGACACAGGCUGAGCUAAUACAGCUUAGCUUCGGCCGCAGCUCGUGGGAGGCCCCAGCCAGGACCGCGCCUCGUCGGUAGACUCCACCCAGGCCUGUGGCUGCAUAAGUUUGUUUAUCAUGGCACCUAAAAAGGAUCAGUGUGAUUCCCUGAUCCCGGACUUUAUCUGUCCUGAGGACACAGCUGGGCCUCUGGAAGUCCCUCCAGACCCUCCUGUCCUGCCCACAUACAGCGUUCCUCCCGUGGUCCCUCCCUACACCGAUGCUCCUCCCAGCUGCGAGGCCCCUCCUCCCAAUCCUUCUCUGCAACCACCCUUCAUCCCCACCAUCACUGACGCUCCUCCACCAGGCACAAGAGAAAGUCUGUCAGCCAUAAUGGAACUGAAGAACCAAAGAAAAGACACAAGAAAAGGAAGCGGACAGAAGAAACCAAGAAAAAGACGAAAGAUGACGACGACGGUCAGGUUAUUCAAAUCCCAGUCAUGAUCCCCACAAAAAGCUUCUGUGCGUUUUGGGAGGAGCAGCGCAGCCAUGCAGUUGAACAAGACACCUUCCAAAAUGGCCUCUGCAAAAAGAUGGAGCAGAUGUGGGAUUCUCUGACUGUCCAGCAAAAACACGUGUUUUACCGUCUAGGUCACAGGUUGGCUGUCAGGAAGGUUGGAAAUGACGGAACGUCCUGAUGCUGAUUAUUGGCAAACAAACAUGCAUGUGCACUUGUGGUUGAUUUAUUUAUAUAUAUAUAUAUAUAUAUAUAUAUAUAUAUAUAUAUAUAUAUAUAUAUAUAUAUAUAGUCAAUAAUAAUCUUUACAAAAUAAAAUAUUUCAUUGCAUUCAAUGUUUUCCCCUAAAACCAAUAUGUCAGUUAGAUAGAUACAUAGAUAGGUGGUAUAAUACAGUAUAUGCU